AUGGACAAAGAAUUGAACAGUGAUGAUGCCCAGCUGGCCCAGAUGGGCCAUAAGUCUGAGCUCAAGCGAAAUUUCUCAUUAAUAUCGAUGCUGGGUUUGGCGUUUGCAAUUCUGAAUUCAUGGACGGCUUUAUCGGCGAGUUUGUCGCUCAGUUUGCCCUCUGGAGGCAGUGCUAGUGUUGUCUGGGGUCUUCUUACAGCAGGUAUCUGUAACUUGUGCAUGGCCACUUCUUUGGCUGAGUUUCUUUCGGCGUAUCCCACCGCUGGAGGCCAAUACCACUGGGUUGCUGUGACUUCAUGGAGAAGUUGGAUGCCGAUUUUGUCCUGGAUCACAGGAUGGGUCAAUUGCUCAGGCUGGGUUGCGCUGGUCGCAACUGGAGGUCUUCUGGGCAGUGAACUCAUUCUGGGUAUAAUCUCUCUAAUGAACCCAACAUUCGCACCCCAGCGCUGGCACCAAUUCCUGAUCUAUCUUGGUUACAACAUUGUUGCCUUCCUGAUCAACGCUUUCUUGAACAAUAUAAUGCCUUAUGUUACCAAGGGCGCAUUUAUCUGGUCCCUGACAGGGUUUGCUGUCAUUUGCAUCACCGUCCUAUCAUGUGCCUCUCCCAAUUAUAACUCUGCAGAAUUUGUCUUCACGGAUUUCAUCAACGAAACGGGAUGGCCCGAUGGUGUCGCUUGGUUGCUUGGACUUCUACAAGGUGGUCUGGGUGUGACUGGCUUCGACGGUGUUGCCCACAUGAUUGAGGAAAUUCCCAACCCGUCAAUUGAGGGUCCCAAGAUCAUGAUUGCUUGCGUUGGUAUUGGCACAGUGACUGGAAUAAUCUUCCUUGUCGUUCUACUGUUCGUGGCGGGCGACAUCAACAAAAUCAUCGAAUCUGCCGCCACGCCACUUCUUGCGAUCUUGAAGAACGCCACUUCGAGCAACGCUGGUGCAAUCUGCCUUUUGAUUUUCCCGCUCGUCUGUGUUUUGUUCGCUGCGACUGCUAUCAUGACGACAAGUAGUCGUAUGAUCUAUGCAUUUGCACGUGAUGGCGGUCUUCCGGCUUCUCCUUUCUUCUCUCGGGUUCACCCUAAAUUGAACGUCCCCCUCAACUCGCUGUAUCUUAACCUUGCACUUGUGACUAUCUUCGGUUGCAUCUUCCUGGGCUCAUCUAGCGCUUUCAACGCUAUUGUCUCUGCAUCGGUGGUGCUGCUAGACCUUUCCUAUGGAAUGCCAAUUGCAGUCAACUGUGCCCGGGGAAGAAGAAUGCUACCCGAGCGCUCUUUCAACUUGCCAGAAUGGUUUGGCUGGACCAUUAAUCUGAUCUCGCUGGCCUAUAUCUCUCUGACUACCAUCCUGUUCCUAUUCCCCCCUGUGUUGCCUGCUACUGGUUCCAGCAUGAACUACUGUGUUGCGGCAUUUGGUAUUGUCUUCAUCAUUUCCACUAUUCAGUGGAUUGUGGACGGACGCAAGAACUUCGUUGGUCCACGUGUUGAGGUGGAAUUCUUCAACGGAGAGGCUGCUGUUCAGCCAGAGCAGCCGAUCCCAGUUAUUGAACAACGUAAGCAAUAG